CGUGUACCCUGCGCCUCUGCAAACAGUCCAGGGAUGCUGUGGACAGCGACGUAGCAUCUUUUGUAGCGCCGUAAACUGGCACAACAAACCGGGACAUCUUUCCAGACAUUUUUUUUUUCACGUUUUCUGCAUCCUUUCCCGUACAGACCUUCCUCAACUCGUCCCUGUGUUUUAACUCCACCGGCUUUUGAGAGAUUUAUAUUUUGAGUGUCGACAAAAAAAAGACAAAUAUCCACUUUUGUUUCAGUUGUUGGUAUUGUGAUUUUUUUUUUCUUUUCGUAAACGUCAUUUAUAUGGUAUUUAUUUAUUUUUGUUCUUGAAUCCCAAACGAUAAUUUUUUUUUGUGGAACCUUAUUUCUGGGUUUAUAUAAAUAUAUAACUAUGUUUUUGUUUUAUGUAUGCACAUAUUAGAAUAAUAUUCGUUUACGUGCAGGAAAGGAAACAGCUAGAAUCUCAUUCAUUGGGUUGGUUUCUGUGACGUUCAGUCAAGACAAGGCGAGCAUUUGCUUGCAUCAAAUUCUGGCAGGCGUCUAUACACAGACCGGCUUAUUUUUUGCAGUUAAAUACCUUUUUUUUUUAAAGACAUAAACGGCAGUUUUAAGAAGAUAAAUUGCGUUUUUUGGGGGGUUGUGUCACCUUUUAGUUGUUGUUUUAAACCAAACACAUCAACCCUGUGCACACCGGCGACCUGCUUUAUCAUAUUUCUUGGAUACGGUCUCAAGCGAAACUCGCAUGAAAAUGAUGACUGGAGGCGCAGUGCACCAAAACGGGAUAUUUUCCAAUGCUCACCAUCACAACCAGCAACCACACAUGGAGUCGGACCCGCCGGACUCUCGCAAGAGGCCGCUGGAGACCCCGACUGAAGCGAGCAGCACCAAGCGGACCAACACCGGAGAGGAGGGUGAAUACUUCCUGAAGGUGCUGAUCCCCAGCUACGCGGCCGGGUCCAUUAUCGGCAAGGGGGGGCAGACCAUCGUCCAGCUGCAGAAGGAGACAGGAGCCACCAUCAAACUCUCCAAAUCCAAAGACUUCUACCCAGGCACGACGGAGCGAGUCUGUCUUAUUCAGGGCACGGUGGAGGCUCUCAAUGGCGUCCACAACUUCAUCGCAGAGAAGGUGCGAGAAAUGCCCCAGAGCGCCCAGAAGAGUGAGCCGGUCAGCAUCCUGCAGCCGCAGACCACCGUCAACCCCGACCGCAUCAAACAGGCGAAGCUGAUCGUCCCCAACAGCACAGCGGGCCUGAUCAUAGGAAAGGGCGGUGCCACCGUCAAGGCCAUCAUGGAGCAGUCCGGCGCCUGGGUGCAGCUUUCUCAGAAGCCCGAGGGCAUCAACCUGCAGGAGCGCGUGGUGACCAUCAGCGGGGAGCCCGAGCAGAACCGCAAGGCCGUGGAGAUCAUCGUUCAGAAGAUCCAGGAGGACCCGCAGAGCAGCAGCUGCCUGAACAUCAGCUACUCCAACAUCUCCGGCCCCGUGGCCAACUCCAACCCAACGGGCUCCCCGUACGCCAACUCCGCCGAGGUCCUUCCCUCCGCGGCUGCGGCGGCGGCUGCUACGGCCUCCAGUCUCCUGGGGCAGGCCAGCCUGGCGGGAGUGGGCACUUUCCCUACGACCAUGUCCAGCUUCUCCGGGAACGACCUCCUGACCAUCACUUCGGCCCUCAACACCCUGGCCAGCUACGGCUACAACACCAACUCCCUGGGGCUGGGGCUGAACCCGGCGGCCGCUUCCGGAGUCCUGGCGGCAGUAGCGGCAAGUGCUAACCCUGCCGCGGCGGCCGCUGCGAACCUGCUGGCCUCCUACGCCAGCGACGCUUCAACCAGCAUCGGCCACCACACCGGCCACUUAGGAGGCUUCACCCUGGGAUCCCUGGCUGCCGCGACGGGAGCCACCAACGGCUACCUGAGCGCCGCCUCUCCCCUGAUGGCGAGCUCCUUCCUGGCAACGGAGAAGCUAGCAGAAGGAGCCAAAGACGUGGUGGAGAUUGCCGUGCCGGAAAACCUAGUGGGAGCCAUCCUCGGGAAAGGAGGGAAGACGCUAGUGGAGUAUCAGGAGCUGACGGGAGCACGCAUCCAGAUCUCCAAAAAGGGGGAGUUUAUCCCCGGCACCAGGAACCGUAAAGUCACCAUCACCGGUUCUCCGGCCGCCACCCAGGCCGCGCAGUAUCUCAUCAGCCAGCGGAUCACUUACGAGCAGGGCGUGCGCGCCACCAACCCCCAGAAAGUGGGCUAGAGCCAAAACGAGGGGGGGGGGCUGGGGAAUUCCUCAAAUCGAAAUCGGCAUCUUCCAGCGUUGAGUUGGUUUCGCGUUUCAGUAUUCAAGGAGACAAAACACGACUACGACGGCAAAAGCAAGCGGAACAAAUGUGUGAUAUGUAAAUAUGGGUUUGUUACUUUGUUAGUUGGUAUUUUUUUUUUGUGGAAAUCCCAGAAUCUGACAGGAUUUUUUUUUUUUUUUUUUGGUCUUGAACGUUAAUGUGCCGCUGUAUUCAGCCCCGCAGGGUUUUUCUAUCCCCAGAGAAAUUACCCACGCUUCCUUAUCGCUGCAGCUUGCAUUUUAUUGGCUCCAGCUCUGCCCCCCUAUUACCCCCCCCCCCCCCCCCUUCCCUUUCCCUUUCCCUUUCCCUUUCCCUUGUGAGUCCGUAAAGACGGCAAACAAUUAGAGAAAGAAGGAUAUUCCUCCAUUUUCCACCCGCUGUUUCAACCUGUUGGGUGGGUAAAUGCCAUUAACUUAUGCCAGUAGUUCUAAUCCUCAACAGACCAGGAAUUAAGUUCCCAAGUUCCUAAUUAAAAUGUUGUACACGCUACUUUGAGCUAUCAUUUAUUGCAGAUCAUUUUAACUAAAACUCAAAGAGACCAUUGGAAAGCAUUGGCUGAACAUCUGGCUUACGCAUUUUCCGAAAACGUGCAUUUUGUCGGGGAAUGUUUAUUAAUAUUAUUAUCAUUAUUAUAAUUUAUCGGUAUUAUUAUUCUACCCCUGCAUACAAACAUUAUUUCAAUUUUAGUUUCCAAAUCCAAUAUUUCAGGUUGAAUGUAUACAAAAAUUAUUUAUUGGGGUUCAAUGUAUUCCUUUUUUUAAAAAAAAUAAAAAAACGUAAGAGUUGGCAUUUGCUAGGUUGAAUUCGAGGAGUAUUCUUGGUUCUUCUGGUGUGGUCAAAUGGAUUAAGGGAGUUGUACAUGCAAUACCCUUUAUAGUGUCAGAUAACUAUGGAGCUUAUCUGUUCUCUUACACUUAUCAAAGCUGUGCUGCUUACACCUUAAACUUGCAUAUGUUUAGAGGGGGGGAAAUAAUUUCUAUAUAUUUAUAUCUAUGCACAAACACACAUAUAUAUUUAAUAGUGAAAAAGGGAAAUGCUUGGUCCAUUGAGGAUUCUAUACUGGGAUUUCAUACUGGGUCUGGUUCCAAACCACAUUGUUAAAGUUCAGAUCACCAGUUAAAAUGACAUACCCCCCCCCAUUGCCCCUAGUUCUAUUAGUCGACACACUGGAUUUUAUAUAGAAAUAUUAUACAAAUAUAGGUGACUGCUUACCUGCCAGAACUGAAGUUAAUGUUACUAGGACACAAGUACUGGAAACUGCAAGACUCGUUUUAUAUAGGGUACUGACCCUUCUAGUUUACCUGCCCAUGCUGUGAUAAAAGCAUUGCAAAGUCAUUUGUAAUUUUAAAAAAACGGAUUUAAGCAUAGAAAAAAGCAAUGGACUUGAAAUAGAACCCAAGGUUAGUUGCUUUUCCUGGGCAGCUGCGUUUUAGAAUUGAAUGCGUACUAAAGAAAAAAGUCACUAGGCAUUUGAUUUCACACAGACAACGUCACGGGCUAAACAAAUAACAUGACCCUACGGCAUUUGAGUUUUCCUGCCUUGGCGUGACCCCAUCACGACAUUUCAACAUGUUUUAUCCUCAUUCUACAGUAAUGAAGUCUGGAGAGCAGCUGAGAGGGGGUGUCAAGAGAGGAAAAACUGAUUGUAAGACGGCAGGGAGAUAACUCUUUAGAUUUGAACACGGUCGUCAUUUACGUCAGGGACCUACAGAAUUGGUGACUGAAAAAUGAUGUUGGCUGCUGCAUAUCUGCCCACAGAUAUGGUCUAGUGGGGUCUCCUAGCCAGUCAAGCUGUCUGCCAAUAUAAAUGCUAAGUGUUUCUGCUCUUCUCAGUAAAAAAAGGCUUCUUUCGACUUCAUUUAAUAUCAUUAUCUCUCCUGCACCCCACUUCUCAUCCGCCCCCACCCCACUGCACUCCAUUCUGAAUCACGAACACAGAGUGUAAUUUCAAAAUGUGAAAGUGUGGCACCCAUUUAUUAGGUGAGGGAUUAAGUCUGUCCUCUUUUUCUCCCCAGGACUGUUUGAUUUGGGGUCCGUUGGAAACAAAGAUAUACUAUUCAAGUCAUCACGAGACUCAAAUACCAAAAAAAAAAAGAAGAAAUUUUUUUUUGCAGUUCUCAACUCCAGAGUUAAUAAAUAUAUAUAUAUAUAUAUAUAUAUAUAUAUAUAUAUAUAUAUAUAUAUAUAUAUAUAUAUAUAUACACACACAUACAUACAUACAUACAUACACACACACAUGUCAAAAAUCUAUUUAAAACUUUGAAAGAGAGUGCAGGAUGCGAACUUGCAACCUUUGGCACUACAGGCAAAAGCACUUACCGCUAGGCUAUAAGGGCAGGAUUAAACCUCCAUCCAGACCCUGAAGUAAUUCAUUGUUUUACCUGUUAAACCUGGAGUGGAAUAAGCCUCCAGGACCUGGAUUGAACACCCCUGCCAGGAAGCUUCACAGGUGUACUGUGCAGCGUUUAUAUCCUUCCCUACUGCUACAUCAACCAGCACUGAUAAGAUCCACUUAAAAGUGGGUCUACAAAGCAAAUGAACAUGUACACUGCUGUAGUAGCAAAGUUUUCUAGAAGAACAUACAACAAAAAAAUAAUUAUUUAAAAAAACCACAAAAAAAAAACAUUUAAUUUAAACAUUUAGGGAACGCGCAAUAAACUAAGCUGGAAAGUUUUAAAACACACACCACAGGGGAAGCAAUUUACUACUGCGCUUUUUCAGAUGAAGCUUGCUGAUUAGUUCCAUUCAGAGGAAAAGAACCAGGGGAGAGACAAGGGUGUAGUUUAAUCUGAGAGACAGCUGUGAUUGGAUGCAUAUUUUGGAAUCUUUAUUUUCGGCUUGUGGUUUAAAGCUCCUAGAGCAGGGGUCUCCAAUCCUGGUCCUGGAGGGCUGUUGUCCCUCCUGGUUUUUGUUCCAAUUAAUUAAUUGGGCCAAUUAAGCUUCUAAUAAGCACUUAAUUGGUCCAAUUAAUUAAUUUAGGGUACAGUUGGAACAAAAACCAGGAGGGACACCGGCCCCCCAGGACCAGGAUUAGACAUCCCUGCCCUAGGUGGACCAGAGAUAAAGUCGAUGUUGUUUCAGAGCUGGUUAUAUUAAGUUUUAGGGAAGGGUGAAAGACCAUGAAUCGCUGGUAUCACAGCCUCAUCAGUCCCUCCUACACAUCGCAUGACACACAGCGGUCCUUUCCUCUCAGUUGGAACUAGACCAAAAGAGUGAAUUGAUAUAUAUAAAAAAAAAACAACACAGCCAAGGAUUUGAACUGAAAUAAAUGAGAAAUUCGAGAACAGGACCCAAGGAAUUACAGAAUGCAGUAGCGUAAGACUUCCUAAAGCAGAUGUGAAAGGGAAAAAUGCAACACAGUCCACAGACGCAACUCACAUGGUGAUAGAAUCUAGUUUACAAAAGGGUGUAAUAGAGCUGGAUUUAAGAUCUGUUGAGAAUUUAUUUUAGUCUAGGACUGGAAUAUAUAUUUAAAUGGGGGCAAUAGGCUACCCUGCUUUUUGUUAGAGCAUCUUUUUGUAGGGGAACAACAAAAAUGUGAAGAAUAUCGGAAGCAAUAUAGUGGCAUGCUGCACUGGGUGCCUUUAAUUCUACAUGUUGUGGUAGCUAGUGGAGUAGUUAGAUGCUGGAUAGGUUUACAAACUUGCUAUUUUCUAAGUUAUAGAAAUGCUGCUAUUUUGUGCUAUAUUGACAUAUCUGGCUUGCAUUAAACAGAAAGAAGGACUAGUUGUAAGAAAUAUACCUUUUAAAAAAAAAUGUGAUAUUAAUAAUGAUAAUAAAAUUUGUGCCAAAAUAACCGAUCUCUGCAGCUUCUGCGAAACAAAAAAAAAAAGUGAAAAGUGCCAAACGAACAAUAUGUAUCAUUUAAAUUGGAUAGAAAAAAAAAUGCAGCUAUUUAAUAGGGUUGUAUUUGUUAAAAAAAAAAAUUAUAAUAAUAAUAAUAAUAAAAAAAACAAAAAAAACAUUAAUUAAAAGAAUGAACAGUGUAUCUGUCGGGUAAAAUGGAUACGUGUUAAAAAGAUAUGCAUUGGAAACAAAAAUGGAUUGCUGCUCGUUUUAAUCCCCUGUAUGUAGUCGAGGCAUGUGUAUUGUUGAAUAAGUUAUUAGUGUUCUUGCCACAGCUUUUUAUAGUUGAGAAAAUGUAUUUCGUGGAGUUCUCUCUUUAAUGCAUGUUUGUAUUGAUGAUCUCCAGUGGAGGAAUCCGUGUCUAUUUCUUUUUCGAAGACAUAUCUUUGCAUGCCAACUGCGGUCAAGCACUUUUUAUAUUUUAAUGCUUGGAUCAUUUCCUCAAAAAAGGCCAAUCAUGGGAAAAGGCAGUAGCUGAUUUAACAUUACAACAAAAUAAAUUAACAAAAAAAAAAAAAAAAAAGAAAAUGGGUUAGGCUUGACUGUGACUAAAUUAUAAGGACAAGGGACAGCCGCGGCAUACCGGGGCUAGAGACACUUACCUACCUGCUGCAAAAUAUAGGGUAGGCCUGAGAACUAAAAAGAGCUCCCGGCCUCACUCCCCACCGACCUCCCCUAAUGUGCUGUGAAUGUGCACUUUACAGAUUAUUAUUAUUAUUAUUAUUAUUAUUAUUAUUAUUAUUAUUAUUAUUAUUAUUAUUAAUAUUAUUAUUAUAGUUCCAUGGCUUAUAGCACUAAACGCCCUUUUGGAAUUAUAAUUUUGAUAGAAAAACCAAAGGGAAAACUGCACUCCUAUCAUAUCAUUGAUAUUACAUACCACCUAAACGGCUUGCGUGGUCCAGUGGUUAAAGAAAAGGGCUUGUAACCAGGAGGUCCCCGGCUCACUCACUGACUCACUGUGUGACCCUGAGCAAGUUAUUUAAGCUCCUUGUGCUCCAUCUUUCGGGUGAGACGUUGUUGUAAGUGACUCUGCAGCUGAUGCACAGUUUACACACCCUAGUCUCUGUAAGUCGCCUUGGAUAAAGGCGUCUGCUAAAUAAACUAAUAAUAAUAAUAAUAAUAAUAAUAAUAAUAAUAAUAAUAGACAUGCUUGCACAAUGGGAGUUUUUUGUACAAAAAACAGAAACAAACCACAAAGAGUGUUUAGCUCUGUGAUUGUAUUAUAAGCAUGUGUUUCAACAGCAGCUUGUUUGUGGCCUAGCACAGCGAGCCUCCCAAAGGUAUUUCAACUGACUAUGUCGUAAUGUAAGAUUAACUUGUGCUGGCACUGUUUUUAAGGUGGGGGUGCCAAAUAUGGGGGGCUCUUUUAUUUAAAAAGAAAACAACAAGGGAGAGAAAAGCGAUUUUCAGAUCACUAGACUAGAUGCACAUGAUAGGCUGUUUCUGACUACUGUUUAAAAUACCAAAUGGUAGCAGAGGUAAGACGCUUGUGUGAGAGACUUGGUCUACGUCGCGGUGUUGCAGAUGCACUAAAAAUGGUUGGCUUUUCUGAAUUUGCCGAAGCUUUUAAAAACGUAUUAAAUAGCAGGGUUAUAGUGUGGCACAGUGGUCAAGGGUAUGGGUAAUGAUGCUUAUUUAGUUUAGGAGGGAAGUGGGGUAUUUUGAGUUCCCAUUAUGCCACCAGCAAUGUUAGGCUACAUUGUCAUAUCACUAUUUUUAUUUUGACUACUCUUUUUUAACCUUAGACCAAUAUAACUAAAUGUCAUUCAUGUGUAUCUUGUUUACUCCCCCACUCCCCUCCUCCCACCUCCAACCUCCCACCUCCUAAAUCCUUCCUUUCUCCCCUCGAGUGCCAAACAAAACUGUACCAUUCCAAACUUUUUUGAGUUUUCUUGUAUGUUGGACAUCCGUAGGUCGCACCCAUGAAGCCAGCAUGCUGUUCAUAACACAAUAUUAAACCAUGACUCCUCAGCAUACAGAAAAGCAGGCUUGGAUUAAUACACAAAUGCUGGCUACCUCACGCUGCUUUUUCUAAAUUCCAUUCUCUCUUCAGUACCCAGGACUUCACUCAAAAGUUUCUCCAUUGCAAAAUAAUUUGAAAAAAAUUAAAUAACUUAAUAAAAUUGGUGAGGAUUUUUUUUUCGCCAGACGAGAGCAGCCAUCUCGUCAGCUGGUCUUUUGAACUUUGAACUUUUUCACCUUUCAUGAACUUUUUUGACCUCCCCUUCUGUGUUCAUCAAACCCCCUAUUUUGGAUUUGUAAUCUCCAUUCCAUGUCAAAAUCUUCUUCUUUUUCUUCUUCUUCUUCUGUGAGACUGUGCAAUUUAAUUUGUUAAUUUUUCCCCCUACACCUCACACCCAACCACUCCCCCUUACACUCGCCAUUGGGACAAUUCUCACAAAAGAGAUGUAAAAAAAAAAAAAAUCAAACUCUUGCCUCCACCUUUUUCAUUUUCUUCAUUGUAAAUAUUUUGUUCAGCUGUAAAAGGAACUCAUUUUGUGUUUAACGGAAUGGGGCUAGCAGUGAAACAGGUAUGAGAUGAUCUGAUCUGAAGUACAUGCAAGUGUACAUGUAAUUUAUUUUAGUACAAUGUUUAAAAAAAUCAGUGGGUCCCAGUUUCUGCUAAUACAGUUUUAAAGCAUGUUUAUAAAUGCAAUAAGGGACUCCAAAAAGAUGAUGGGCUAAUGAUGGCCACACCCUUUAUGGGUGUGGUUAUAAGAUAGCCCCACCUCUCACUGAUGGGGUUUGGCUUUUAACAUUCCAAAAGGGUGUGGUCAGCCUCUCUAUCAUGUUGUAUAAGACAAAAGAUCUAGAAAUCGAUAAUUUCUAUGAAAAUGUACCCAACAACACAAUUGUGUAUUGCCAGUUGUUUAGCAGACUACUUUUUUGUUUCACUAGUGUUUAAUGCACACUACCCCGGGACUUAUAAAGAGGUGCCAAAACGUCAAGGAACUGUAAUGUCAAUGAAAACAUGUGUUGACAAAAUUGUUCAGAAACGGCUUUUUCAUAAACCGACUUACUUUGGUUUAAAAUUAUUUAUUACUUCAUCAGAGACUGCUGGUUUCAAACUUCAGAUUCAUUUAAAAUUAUUUUAUGCUACUGGCCCCAUUCCUGGUUUCAUCUCUGAAACACGUGAAUUUAUUUAUUUUAACAUAUUAUAUAAUAUUAAUAAACAAAAAAGGGAAUGACUGGAAAAAAAAAUUAUUGUUUUUUGACACAAUUCAUUAACUUUUAAAAAAUAAGAGGAGUUAUGAAUAUUUCAAUGUUGCUGUAGCGUUUGUGUUUGUAAAAGUAAAAAUUGUGUUGUUUUUUUUUUGACGUGCAAUCCCAGUGAAGUUGGCAUUUUAGUGCUAAUAUAAAAUUAACUCAUUCUUCUUUUUUUAUUAAAAAAAAACAAAAAAGUCAUUAUAAAUGUUCAUUGCAGCAU